ACGCCAUUUUCUCUCGGUAUGGUAUCAGCUGACAGCUGAGAGAACGACAGCGUUCCUUGGCAGUUUCUCAAAUGCUCACAGCAGUGAAAUGCUCACUCAAGUGCUGUACGUCGUCUGUGGUUAAAUUUGACCUUGUUCUGACAGUUCUCUAUUUGCGUUUGCAGAAAUUACUUGUGGACCAGUGAUCUUCGAUCUACGGAAAAUGCUUGGUAUAAGGCCCCUGCUUCGACAAGCAAAGUCUCUUGUAAGGGCAUACACUUCCAGCUCUCCUAAGCCAUAUACCGUUCCAGAGAGUGCUUGGGGGAAAAACAGGGCAGCUAGAUUAGAACUAGCGGCUGCUUACAGAACCUUGGACAUUCUAGGCCUGAAUGAAGGUGUAUGUAACCAUCUUAGCGUUGUGGCUCCUACUGCAGACGGCAAAGGGGAAGGGAUGCUGGUUUUACCCUUCGGGCUCCACUGGAGCGAGGUAACAGCCAGCAACCUUGUUAGCGUUGAGUGCAAGGAUGGUCAGUGUCGUCUUCAUGAGGGAGAUAUGAUGCCUGAGAUCACAGCUUCCAGUAUUCACCUGGGGAUCCGCCAGAUAAGACCUGAUGCCACUGUCAUCAUGCACACUCAUCAGCCUUAUGCAACAUCUUUAGCCUGUAUGAAACACCCUGAGGUUUUAAUGGUGCAUCAGAAUUCCCUGAGGUUCUACAAAAGAAUUGCCUACGACAACAACUACAGUGGCCUUGCGUUGGCUUUCGAGGAAGGCCGGAGGCUUGGGACGGUCUUAGGUGACAAAGACGUCAUGUUCAUGGGAAAUCAUGGUGUCUUGGUUGUGGCUUCGACCAUCUCGGUGGCCUUUGACUUACUCUACUUUUUGGAAAGAGCUUCUCAGGUCCAGGUGCUGACGGAGGCGAUGAAGAAGGAAGUACAGCUGAUCCCUGACGAGAAGUGUCAAGCAAUGUCCGACGACUUCUGGAAUUCUGUGCAGCUCUACGCAGACGCGCACUUCUAUGCUAUGUACCGAAGACUUCGCAAAACGCAACCUGAUUUUGAGACAUAAUAAAGGCAAUACGCACUUCAA